CUUCAAUGAUACGAGAGCUAUCACCAGGUUUGGCUAAAAUAGCCAAAAAUGAGCUGAACGAGAAUCCAAAUCAAGUUCCUAAUGAUUUAAUGAAUAUAAAGGAAUGGAUAUCAAAACAACCUCAUUUAAAAGCGAGGACAGAUGACCAGUGGCUUAUCGCUAUACUCAGAGGUUGCAAGUUCAGUCUAGAACGUGUCAAAGAAAAGAUCGAUCUGUUUUACUCUUUGCGAACAACUGCCCCUGAAAUAACUUUACGACUAAAGCCAACUGAACCCGAAUUUAUAAAUUUUUUGAGGCUGGGUACAUGCGUUAUUUUGCCACAAGCAAAUAAUGAGCAACGACCCUGUGUUAUUCUCAUAAGGCCGGGACGGUAUGAUAUUGAAAAAUACAGUGUAGCUUAUUUAAUGUGUAUUUUAUAUUAUUUAGUUCAGAUUUUAGUUGUUGAAAACGACACCGCCACUGUGAUAGGAACACAGAUAGCUGUUGAUUAUGAGAAAGUUACUUUAAAUCAUCUAGCGGAAGCCACUCCUAGCAUGCUAAGGAAACUGGUAGCUGUUAGUCAGGAGUCGUUGCCUUUACGAUUUAAAGGCAGCCAUCAUGUAAAUGUACCGUCUGGUAUUGAGGUUAUUUUUAAACUGAUAUCUGGAUUCUUGGGUCAAAAAUCACGGGAAAGAUUAAGAAUAUACAAAAAUAAGGAAGAAUUACUGCAAUCUUUACCUAAAGAAACACUGCCUGUGGAAUACGGAGGAACGGCGGGUACCAUCGAUGAGAUAUUAGAUUAUUGGGAAAAAAAAGUCAUCGAAUACAGACCAUGGAUGGAACGAGAAAUGGAGUUUGGAACAGACGAAUCAAAACGGAUAAAGAAGGAUCACGUGGAUCAAGGAUCAUUCCGGAAACUUGAGAUUGAUUAA